GUCGCCGCCGCCGUCGCUGCUGCUGGGACUCGGUUUGUCGGUGCGGUCGCUGAAGCCGCGCCGCUUUUUUUUCUCUCUCUCUCUCUCUCUCGAGGAGGAGAAGAGGAGGAGGACGAGGGGAAGGAAGGAAGGAAGGAAGGGGAGGAAGGGGAAGCACAAGAAGAUGUCGUCGCCCACCGCCGUGGUGACGGCGGCGGAAAAGGUGGACGGCUUCACCAAGAAAUCGGUGCGGAAGGCGGCCAAGCAGAAGAGAUCGCAGGGAUCGUCGCAGUUCAGGAGCCGGAGCAGCCCCAUCGAGAUCCUGCCUCUCCCGCCCUUCAAAGAUGUUCCAAAUACUGAGCAACAUGACCUUUUCUGCCAGAAGCUCCAGCAGUGCUGUGUGAUAUUUGAUUUCAUGGAUUCUGUUUCAGACCUAAAGAGCAAAGAGGUCAAAAGAGCCACUCUUAACGAAUUGGUGGAUUUCCUCACCACAAAUCGAGGUGUGCUGCUUGAGCAGGCGUAUCCUGAAAUAGUAAAAAUGAUUACCAACAACAUUUUCAGGACCCUUCCUCCCAGUGACAAUCCAGACUUUGAUCCAGAAGAGGAUGAGCCGUCCUUGGAAGCAGCGUGGCCCCACAUGCAGCUUGUGUAUGAAUUUUUCCUGCGGUUUCUCGAGUGUCCGGACUUCCAGCCUAGUAUUGCAAAGAGGUUCAUCGAUCAGAAAUUUGUGCUACAGCUUUUGGAGUUGUUUGAUAGUGAAGAUCCACGGGAGCGGGAUUUCUUGAAGACUGUUCUACACCGUAUUUAUGGAAAAUUCCUUGGACUUCGGGCAUUCAUCAGGAAGCAGAUCAAUAACAUUUUUAUACGGUUUAUAUAUGAAACUGAUCACUUCAAUGGGGUUGCAGAACUGCUCGAGAUAUUAGGAAGUAUUAUUAAUGGCUUUGCACUGCCAUUGAAAGCAGAACACAAACAGUUUCUAAUGAAGGUCCUCAUCCCUCUUCACACCGCGAGAGGCUUAGCUCUCUUUCAUGCACAGCUGGCUUAUUGUGUGGUACAGUUCUUGGAAAAAGAUGCAACACUCACAGAACCGGUUAUUAGAGGAUUACUAAAAUUUUGGCCCAAGACAGUUAGUCAAAAAGAGGUCAUGUAUCUGGGUGAAGUAGAAGAAAUUUUGGAUGUGAUAGAACCUUCUCAGUUUAAAAAGAUCCAAGAGCCUUUAUUCAAGCAAAUAGCCAAGUGUGUAUCAAACCCACAUUUCCAGGUUGCAGAAAGAGCUUUAUAUUUCUGGAAUAAUGAGUAUAUUCUUAGUCUGAUUGAAGAGAACACUGACAAAAUCCUACCAAUUAUGUUUGGUAGCUUAUACAGAAUCUCCAAGGAGCACUGGAAUCCCACCAUUGUAGCACUUGUUUACAAUGUAUUAAAAACGUUAAUGGAGAUGAAUGGGGCACUGUUUGAUGAACUCACAGUAUCAUACAAAACAGAAAGACAGCGUGAAAAGAAGAAAGAACAGGAGCGUGAGGAGCUUUGGAAGAAGCUUGAAGAGUUGCAGCUGAAGAAUGAUCAGGAACUUGUUGAAAAGCAGACCAACACCUACAAUGCACAAAUUGCUCACAACAAUAAUCCAAGUGCCAAAUGGCAAUGAACCGUUGAUUUCCAGCUGCUGGCUAGGAGUAAUGGAGUAUUUUUCUUCACGUGUUUUGGAACAUACUGGACAAACACAAGAUAAAACAAAAACUUCAGUAUACUUCCAAAAUUAAAAGGCCAAUUUUUUUUGGCAAGCUGUAAAUUAUGUUGAAAGGAAAACAAUACGGACUUUGAACAUUACUGUGUGACCCACAUGUUUGUAAUUUUGUCUGAUCAUGAGUUUAUUAUGUCACUUUUUAGAGUUCACAGAAAAUAAAUGAAUUUAUCAUUUGUGACCAGAGUGAGAAUAAUUGAGUGGUGAAAUUAUGACUUGAAAGAAUUUUUUGAUUGUGCUGCAUAUAGAAAAUUAGUCAGCUAUUUAAAUACAGAUUUUUCCCUAUUUUAUAUGUGCUUCUCACAAUGCUGCAAAACUCGAGUAAUGACCAUGAAGAGUGAAUUAUAUGUACACAGAAAUCAUAACUAGAAAGUUGAGCACAAAAUAUUGUAUGUUUUUUUCUUCAACUAGUCUUUCUGAUACCUUGUCAGAGUACCAUUCCAUUCUGUAACCCUUAGGACCGUGUGGAACUGUUUUGUAAUGAGACACCUUUGAGGGGUUUUGAGCAGCAUUCAAUAAAGCCUACAUAAUGUUUGUACUUGGA